GAACCUGCGCUGACGCGACGCCAGGCCGCAGAGAUGAAUGCAGUUUCAAAUAUGCACAGAUAAAGAGAGGAUCUCGAAAUCUAGAAGAUGCCUAAGAAAAAGCCAACCCCAGUCGAGGACUUGAUUAUUCCUCCCCAAGAUACGAAAAUAUGCGGUACGAUAUGUUUGUGUCAAAUGACUCUGGUAUUGAGCACGGUGGCGAUAGUUUAUUUAACAGUUGCGAUAUACGUACCUUCGACUCGUGCCAUGAAGUCCGGGAUAUUGGAGGAUCCAGUUAUGUGUACGACAACACGUGCUGUUCAGGUUGAAAAUUGUGACUGGGGCUCCUGUGGCGAGUGGUGCCUGAGCAAGACGUCAGGGUCCUGCCUUCAGAUUUACGUGAACCUUCGGCAUAAUGGUUCGAAUCUGUUCUGGGCGAAUUGCACGAACGCUGCCAAUAAAACGUGCUACGGAAUCGACCAAGAGAACGCGAAGAAGAGUAGAUGUAUCUCGGAUGAAUGUAAAAAUUUAACAGGUACCUUCAACUGUUCCUCAGGGACCUGCAUAAAUAUCACAGAUGCCUUCGAGUGUAUAUUCAAGGAGACCGACCCUCCUCUCAAGUGCUCCGGAAGAAGAGGUAAGAUUACCUGCAUAGACCUGGAUGGAUUGUACAGCUGUAACAGAGGGAUAUGCGAAAGAAUCCGUACACCAUACAACUGCGAUCGUCGUUGUGUGGACAUACCGACGAGAAACAAAAAUGUGAUCAUACUCAGCGGAGACAAAGUGUUCUUAUCAGAGUGUCAAAGGGCCCUCGAUUUAGACAGAAACGAGGAGAUUUGGAACGAAUCACAAGACAAUAUUAUGAUGGCGUCCUGCUACAACAUACAAAACACAACCUCAGGUAUUUACGCAGUCGAUUGUGUGAACGGUUCCAUCUUACCCAACAACAUCCUGAGCGAUCUGACCAAUUUCACUCAUCUCAGUUAUCUGAGUAUCUUCAACACGAAGAUUCUGGACGAGAGACGACUGGUCGCUCCACCGGAACCAGAUCUGCUCAUCGCAAACGAGAGCAAGCUGCUCAUCAAUUUAGAGGGCUGUGUUAACACGUUAAGGGAUGAAUGUAAGGAAUUUCUACGUGUGUAUGGUAAGGAUGGAACUGACCACAAUGCUCGUGCAAGAUUCCCUUGUUAUUAUUCCGCAGACAAUACCGACAUUGUUGUCGCUAGGUUCAAUUUAGAAACGACUACCAAACAAUUUUUGAUCGCCUCUUUGCUGCCAUCCGUGCUUUUUGUUGUUUCGUGUCUUACGUUGAUAUUGUGCCAUAAGGCGGUUGUUGUGGGCGAUGAUGCCAAAAUGCGUUUUAAAGGCUGUGUUCAGACAGACGAGAACAAUAGCAAUAAAGACGGUAAAAUUAUGACUGACACUGGGGGAGGAAAUUCUAUAAUGGCACUUUGA